AAGACUGUCAUACUCUUGAUUGAAGUCUUCUUGAAUAUUUUAUGAGGGAGAAACUUCCCUCUAACUCGUUAGAAAAUGUCAUUCAGUCUGUCUUACGUUCUCUUAACGAUAUGGAGAUCUUCGAGGAUCGUUUCUAUAAACUUAAUUAUCGUCUCUUAUCCUUCCUUGGUUUGUGGCCGUAUAAAAAAUCACGUUUACAUCGUGUUUGUCUUAUAAAUAUUCCUAUGCUAUCGUUCAACAUAACACAGCUUCUUAAAAUGUACACUUCUAACGGAAACCUUGAUAUCAUAAAAGAAAUUAUACCUAUUUGGGUUACAUCGUUUAAUGUCGUUAUAAAGUAUUAUCUUUUUGAUCUCUGUGUACUGGAUAUUAAAUUGCUUAUGGAUAAUAUGAUAAUAGAUUGGAAUAUGUGGAAGUCCAAGGAAGAGAUCGAGAUUAUGAAGAAGUUUGCUCAUUCAGGAAGAAUGUAUACUUUAGGAUACACAAGUAGGAUUAUAUCAUUUCUUUUUGUAGUAUACAUAUACGUUUCCAUGUCAUUAUUUCUAUUGGUGACAUUCAUACCACCCUUAAUGGACGUAAUUAUACCUUUAAACGAGAGUCGUCAUAUGGAAUUACCUGUACUCGCUGAGUACUUCCUUGAUGAAGAAAAACAUUUUUAUUUGAUUUAUUGUCAUAUGGUUGUUUGCGUAACAAUUACUAUAACAAUUUUAAUUGCAAUUGAUACUCAACUGAUGGUUUUUUGUUGUCAUGUUAGUGGUGCGUUUGCAGUCGUAAGUUUUCGUUUGGAACACUUCUUAAAGAACGACACGACUCUGGAUGGAUUGUCUGAUCUUCAAAGGAAAGAAAGUUACAAACAUGUCUCGCUAUCUAUCAAAGGACACAAGAGAGCUUUAGAUUAUAGUGGCCUUUGGUAUGAGGCGCCUAUAGAAAUACGUAAAUUACUGAUAUUGAUAAUGAGAAGGAGCUUUAAACCUUCUCAGUUAACUGCUGGAAAAAUAUUUAUCUACUGUCUGGAUGGUUUUUCAACGGUAAACUAA